GUGAAAAUCUUUUAUGUCAAAAGUCAAAACCCUACGCAGAUUAAAAAAAUAUACUUAAAUGCCAAAAGUCACAGGUCGGACGUAAAUAAAAAUAAAAUUGUGGGUACACAGAUAUUCAGGGAUUGAAAUCAAUAAUUAAAAGAGGUUCUGUCUGCAGAGUCAACAAGGAAUCUUCGUAUCAGACAUCUAAUUGUCAUACGGAAGUCAUGCCUGAACAUCAAGAUCCAAAUGAAUCAAUGAAAAAUGCAUUGGGGAUUGCCACCGGGGGUGACGGCAAGUUACCCUAUAGGCCAUUUAUAGACUGCAUGAAAGAAAUACGAAAAGAAUGGGGCACUCAGGGAACAAUGGACAAAAUCAUGAAGCAUCUGAUGUCAGACCCAGCCCCGGUGACAGUCAAGACGCUUACUGAUGCAGGACCAGUCAUUCCCGGCUAUGAAGUUGUGGUUGCAGCUAUUUGCUUCUCAUCGUUAGCCAAAUUAAAGGAGCAGGGCUACAUCAGCUUCGUGAAGGACCCUCGCACGCUUGAGAUAACAGAUGUGAUGCUCAGCAUAGAAAGAUUUGGCACCGAUCACAAACCGCAUGAACUAAGCGAAUAUGAUUUGUUUAAGUAGAUUUAGGAUUGACAUUUUGAUUUGCUACAGCUAGGAUUGCCACCUUUUUUUUGAACAUGGUGUUUUUUUCAAAAUGCAGAAAAUUCCUCCAUGCAUGAUGUUUUUUGCUGUCACGAAAGUGUUUCGUAUUCCAUUAUUUUUCUAUAAUUGUUUUUUUUUUUCUAUCUAUAAUGCACUAUUUACUAUCCGUCAGUUGCACAAAGCUCCAUUAAAGUUAAAUCUUUAAAUCUAUUGCUGAUUAAUUCUUAGUAAACAAGAUAAAAAGUGUUAGCAAUAGAUUCAAUGAAACUUUAAUUUUAAUGGAGCUUUGGAGAUAUGUAAUAUAUUGCAUUUAUCAAGCCCAAAUCUCAUCCCUACGUCAUUUGUAAAUAUAUCUUCUUCCUCCUGCCCUGUUCCCAAUUUUAUUUGGAGUCGGCGCAAUAUGUCAUCCUCUUCCAUUUUCAUGUAUUGAUCCGGUAACUGUGUCUUAGUUUGUACCGUUUUAAUUCGUUUUUGUUAAGUAUGUAUUAGAUAUGUAUAAAGAGGAUAAAUUGCCAAACAAAAUAGUAAAGGAGAUGAUAUUUAUACUAUUACUUUAUCUAUUAUAUAUUGUACGUAGGGUAGGUACGGACGGGUGGCAAUCCUAGCUACGGCCAAAGCCCGAAAUGCAGCUAAAUUUAGUUGUAUCCUUUAUGAUAAAUAGGAUACAUCUACCUCUAGUCGCAUGUGUGCGGCUACACGUAGCUUUAGCCGGCUAGACCUACGUGUAGCCACUCUUCGGCCUUUAGCCACAUAAGGAUUAGGGAAGGUUCAUGUCUGACGGAACUUCGCGUCGCGUUAAAACACAAAUAUGCGAUAAAGCAUUCGAUCAUUAAUCAACGAUUUCCCGAUGACGCUCGACGCAUUUACCGUCAGGUAUGAACCAAGGUUUAUCUGUUUAAGUAGAAAAAUACUUUAAUAUAUACUAUAUAGGUGUCUAGUUAGUAAGCCAGACGUUAUCGUCAAUUAUUUCCUCUCGUGUAUUUAUACAAUUAAACUCACAACUUUCCACCGGCAUUUGAUUAUUAAUUGAAUCUAUUAAUUGCUGAUACAAUAACAUAAUAAAUCGUUGUUAAAAAUCAGUUAUACAGAGGAAAUUUAAUAUAUUAGAAACUCUGCUCAUAGUUUCACUUCUUACUUACAUAACCGUACCUUGUAAUUAUCUGGUAACCUUGAAAUGGUCAGGUAAAUAAAUGUGAUAUAAAUAAAA